AAGAGCGCGCGUGACGUUGCCCGUGCUCUUGAUGCGUCGCGAUGCUCCAGGAAUAGCCGGCGACAGCGACGCGCGGCCGCGGCAUUCCGACGCGAGCGUGCGCGCCAUGUGGGGCUCCGCGCGCACCGCGUGGGCCUCCCUGCUGCUGUGCUGCGUCGCUGCCGUGGCCGCGCAAGAUGACGUGCAGAUCGGUUAG